GUGUAACAAACCGAGAAUCUCAACAACCUCUAAACAAAUCCCCAUGCUCAAACUUUUGCUCAAUUUCUAACAAUUUUCUUCAUGUAAAGCAGAGAAAAAAUAAAAGUAAGAUGCAUAAAAUGAGAAUGAGCAUUAAAGCUAGGUGCUCUCCUCAGCUUUAUUGCUGCCCACAUUGCUCCUUAUAAUAACUCAUUUGUUUGCAGGUACUUCACAAACCCACAAGUAGUCUUCUCAAGUUUAGCUUCUAUCAUGGAGCAAAGAUUUGAUUGCUUGGGGAUACUCUUAAUGUUAUUCUACUUCUUCUAUGCAACAAGUUUCUUUGCUAGUUGUGCAGAGGCUAGGAAAUCUUUGAAUCAUCCAAAAGGUCCACAAACGAAGGCAGUGAAGCAACACUUGGUGACGUAUUAUUCUACAUCAGACCCAAAUAGUAACUAUGUGGGCUCACCUUACUACUUACGCCCAUAUGAAGAUGUAAUGGGCCCUUCUUCCUCUCCUCUAGAUCAAAAUCCACCUUAUUGCAUUUACCCCCCUCUAACUCCAUUCCCACCCUCCACAACAAUACCAAGCCCAAUUCUACCAAUUCGAUCUCCACCGCCUUCAUCAUCUUUACCUUCUCCCAAUUUACCGUCCCAAUCUCCGCCAUCUCCAUCAUCCUACAUUUAUCCUCCAAUUUUCACUCCUAAUUUACCAUCUCAAUCUCCGCCGUCUCCAUCAUCCUACAUUUAUCCUCCAAUUUUCACUCCUAAUUUACCAUCUCAAUCCCCACCAUCUCCAUCAUCCUACAUUUCUCCUCCAAUCUUCACCCCGAAUCCGCCUGAAUUUCCCACUCCGAGCCCACCAGGCCUAGAGCCUAGCCCACCAAACUUCGAGCCAAGCCCACCGGGCCUAGAGCCAAGCCCACCAGGCUUUGGGCCAAGCCCACCAGCAUAUUACCCUGGGCCUCCCAUAUUUUCCCCGGGCCCACCGAUCUUUUUACCUCCCAUAGUUUAUCCACCACCAACUGUUCCUCCUCCGCCACAUGUUGCGGGCACUACUGGGAUGGGCUUGUGGUGCGUUGCGAAGCCCACCGUACCUGACCCGAUAAUUCAGGAGGCAAUGAAUUAUGCUUGUGCGUCAGGCGCAAAUUGCGAUGCAAUCCAGCCCAAUGGGCAAUGCUAUCAGCCCGAUACUUUGAUAGCCCAUGCUUCUUUUGCAUUCAAUAGUUAUUGGCAGAGGACUAAAGUUGCAGGAGGGACUUGUGAUUUUGGAGGGACUGCAAUGCUCAUCACCAAAGAUCCAAGCUUUAAUGAAUGUCAUUUCAGCGUCAGUUGAUGAGUCAAAAUCCAGAUGUUAGACAGUAUGUUCUUCUUUCCAAGGGACUGAAUAAGACUGCAGUUAAACAUUUAGUUAGAAUUAUUAUUUGUUUUCUUUACCUUAUAUAUUAUGAACAGAGAUUUUGGAAUUAGCCAGUUUUUAGAUUAUUGCCUUCAGGCUUAAGAGUUUUGGGCAGAAUCUGGGCAGAAAAUUUUCAUCUUCUUGUAAGGAUUGCAUAUCUUCUUUAUUAAUAUUUGUUAUUUAUUAAUUUCAAAUCUUGAAUAAACCUUUGGAAUUGACUGUACUCCAUGGUUAUUAUGAAUUGCAUGCGUGCAAAGUUUUCUCUUCUUUGAUGAUGUUACUGUUUCAGGGGGAAAAACGUUACAGGUUAGAUUAAACAGAAAGAGAGACACAUAUGAUACCUUGUAAGGAAAACGAAAUAUCUUUUGUGAUUGUUAACCUUUUUGGUGAUGCUGACUUCCACAUUAAUCUAUAUUAAUAAUCUAAGAAGGUCAGAGAAGAACUUUAGCAGCUCUCACUUCAAGAAAUCAAACGACUGUACAGAUAAGAAACUAUAUAUGACUAUUAUAAAGUUUUAGCUCUAGCUAAUCCUAGAUAUCCUAGAUAUUAGAUAAUAUAGUAUUAGCUGUUCAACCUAACUUUGCCUGUAUUCUGGUUCCAUGUUGAAGUGAGUCUGUAUAUUAUGCAAGUGGUGUUAGGCAACAAAAUAGGCUUUCUGGCAUGUAAACUAGCUGUACUCAAACAAAGAGAGAGAAUCUAGAUGCAACCAAGCAACUUGAACAGCUAAAAUGAACAGAAAUAAAAUGAAUCCAUGAGAAACCAGUAGAUUCAAGAUCUUCAUAUUUAGGUGCUUUUUUAAAACCUGGUCCAAAUUGACCAUCGAGUCCAUGUCUUUAUUUAAAGAGUCGGCAUUAGCAAACAAAAUAACAGAAGGGAAAAAGGGCGCCACUUGGUUUGUUUUUCAAUUAUAUCAGCGCUUAAGUUCGCGCAUAAUUCCAGAGUCGAAUAUGACUUUGCGAUUUCUUCGGUCGGCAGACAAAAUGAACGCAUUUAAUUUGUAAGCAAAAGAUCUCAAGGAUUCUUUCAUGGCUGGUUCAUAUAUAUGGGAUUGCAGUACCUUAUCAAGAUUUUAGCAUCUGGACAAAAUUUACUCAUUCUUUAUGCCCCCAGUUGAUUAUCGCCAUAGAAUUUAGUUGGUGGCUAGAUACAGUCUCAUCCUUACUAGAGAUACUCUACUCGCAGUUUGUUAAACAUUUUCCUUGGUUUUUCUUUCUUU